UAUCUUUUCGGCCCUCGUGAGCCUCCGUUCGAUGACGUGGCGUAUGCUGACGUGCACAGGAAGCAACACAUCGAGUGCUGAUAGCCCCUCAACAGUCUUAUUCUGUGCUGUGGCUUUCAUUGAGUCUUCAUAUACUUUACGCAAACAAAAACUGCUGGACAGUAUUAAAGUUAUUGUAGCACAAUGAGGCGCGCCGCCUUGGGUGAUGGAGCAUCUGGGAACUAUGUAGCAAGUGGCUACAGCGUGUACGAAGAGGAAAAUGAACAUUUACAGGAGGGAUUGAGAGCCAAAGUCAGCGCUUUGAAAAGUUUGUCCAUCGACAUAGGAACGGAAGUGAAGUACCAGAAUAAAAUGCUGGAUGAGAUGGACACAGACUUCGACUCAACAGGUGGCCUGCUCGGCGCCACCAUCGGCCGAGUCAAACAGCUGUCCAGAGGCAGUCAGACUAAACUGCUGUGCUACAUGCUGCUCUUCUGCCUUUUUGUCUUCUUCAUACUCUACUGGUUCAUCAAGUUGAGGUGACGGCUGGAUCUUGUCAGACUUUGAAUGCCCCAUCGCGCACCUCGGAAUAACACAAGUUAGCCGAAAAACAGUGUGAUAUGAUUGAUGAAAAAUUGUUUCCAGCCCCAAAUAAACACGGUUUCAAAAUGUGAUGCGAUUCAGCAUCGUAACAUAGAAGUUGAUUAUAAAUUUGAGAAAUGCCGUAGUUGACUAAAUGAAUAACGAGUGCUCUGUAUUAUAACCGGUUUAUUAUGCGACUUGCAUAAUAUUGCAAAGAGGUUUUACAAUUUUCUGAGACAUUUAGCUAAAUCUUUUACAGGAAUUAAUGGGUAUACUGAGAAAAGCAGUAUAAAUGUAAAAUGUUUUCAAUGUAAAUAAACAGUUUAUGAUCUUUUUAACCAACAAA